AGAAGUCAUGAUUAUGUGGAUGAGAUUGAUGCUGGAAGAGAUGGCCAAGUACAUGAAUUUCAGCUACGACUUUCGAAUUCUGCCCAGCGAAGAGCCAGGAAUCGAAGCGCUGUCCAAUAACACCCUCGAUCUCUUGAUCACGCCGCUGUUACUGACGCCGAUGCGAAGAAAGGUGGUCAAAUAUCUCACCCCGCUGUUUUAUUCGUCGAGGGUGUUCGUCAUUAAGAAAGUUCCCGUCAUAAGGAACGAGCCCGUCAGCGUGCUGCGACCGUUUGACACGCACAUAUGGAUUCUGCUGCUCGGCUUUGCCAUGGCGAUGCCGCUGCUGUUACGGUGGCUGCCGCGGUCGCGAGACCGCGCCACCGUCGCUGACGUCAGAGAGACCAGAAUCGUCUCCCAUCUCCGCUACACAUUCGGUGCGCUAUUCCAACAAGGCACCACGUUCCUGCCAUCGCGGACUCCGGUCCGUAUUCUGUACGCCACCUGGUGGAUAUUUUCGUGCAUCGUGGCCGCCACGUACACGGGUACAUUCGUCAGCUUGUUCUCCGUCGUUGGCCCGACGCAUUACCCGUUCUACUCGACAGAAGAACUGGCAGCGAGCACGGAUAUAGUUCCAAUUAUCGUCAGAGGAUGGGCAGACGAAGAACGAUUGCGCAGCAGCCCACUUGAUUCAACGUAUAACCAGCUAUGGAAGAAAGUACAAGGAAACAAGGAGGCGAGAACGGAUAACACAUCAAUGGCGCUUGAGAUGGUUCUGACCGGGAAGUAUACGAUGAUGAACGAUUUUGUGAACAACGAAGUGCUCAUGGCUGCCGAUUACGGUAAAACUGGACAGUGCAGGUUUGCACGGGCUCCAUUUGAAACCUCACUGGAGCCAAUGGCUUGGACUGUGCAGAAAAACAACACGAUUUACCCUCUCCUAAACUGGCAGAUACGUACGAUCAUAGAGACGGGUCUCCUGCAGAAGUGGGGAGCGCCGGUCCUACAGAGCGGAUUCGCAGCGUGCUCCGAGCUGGACGCGGCGUCGGUCGCUGCCAGGCAGAUCAGCUUGCGACAGAUGCUGCCGGUCUUCGUGAUGCUGUUGGCGGGCGUCGCCGCCGGCCUGCUGCUUCUCCUAGCGGAGAUUGUCGGCAAGAAGCUGAAACAUAGACGGGCGCAGACGAACGUCUCGUCGCUGCCGAAAGCUUGA